AUGAAACACGAUUUGUCACAUUUCUCGUCGUUCAUUUCCUUUAUGCUAGACUUCGAUAGUGUUCUUGAUGAGCCAGUUAGAGGAGAACUACGUACUAUUAUGGUUCUCUACCAGAUGAAGCAGAAAAGCGACGACGGAAAACAAGAAUCUGAUUAUGGAUCUUUUCUUCAAUAUUUAAUUCAACUCAAUACAAUAUCAGGAAACUGUUUGGUAUUUGAUAGGGAAAUUAAUGAAAACAACAGGAAUGUCAAGCUAGUUUAUGUCAACAGAACACGGUUGGUGAUGUUGAAAGAUCGUAUUGAAGGCAAACGAGGUUGGACUAUUCCAUAUGAAGUCGUUCUGAAACAAAGAAGUUUCAAGAAUAGUAACGAAGAGUUAUUGGCUAUUCUAUCAAGUCCACUUCAUAGCAGAUUGGAAAUUAAUGGUGUGAAUAAUUCAACGAAUGAAAUAGCUGAGUGUGACUAUGAAACACUCGAUAAGUUAAUUCGAGCAACUUCAGCCAGAUCAGUUUUGAGCAAAGAGAAGGCGAGAUUGAAGACUGUAGAGAAGAAAUACUUUCAAGUUUGUAACAAUGUGAACCAUAACCAGAUACUUGCCAAUGUCUGUUUCAAGAAAAAUGUAGAUCACCAGAGCAUCACCAAAAACUCGAUUCCGGGAAUGGCCCAUAUGCACCAUAAGAUCGACGAAUGUAGAAACAUGAUAUCUCAGGAUAUAUAUAGCUGCUCCAAGUCUAAGAUCCAUUUCUUGCCAAUCAUCAAUAGCCACACGGAAGUGUUUCUGGGUGAUUGUUCGUAUUUGGAUACCUGCCACAAAAUGAAGACAUGUAGAUAUGUCCAUUAUUUCACGUUAAACCCUCUUAUCGAGGGGAAUGACAAUAACAGUAGUGCAGACGAAAACGAAAUUCAAAGACAAUGUUUGGCUCACGAGUAUACUAUUGGUGAAUGUUUCAGUGAGAAUCAUCGAAAAGUGAUUCCACCGCAAUGGAUCAACUGUGAUGUGCGCUAUUUGCCAUUUUCGGUAUUGGGUAAAUUCGCAGCCAUUAUCUCAGAUCCAGCAUGGGAUAUUCACAUGUCGCUUCCAUAUGGAACUUGUAAGGAUGAAGAGUUGCUUUCAUUACCAAUGCACGAGCUUCAAGACGAAGGAAUAAUUCUUCUUUGGGUAACUGGUAGAUCUAUACAGAUAGGGAGAAGGGCUUUGUUGCAAUGGGGUUAUACCAUUUCUGACGAGGUUAUCUGGGUGAAGCUCAACCAGUUGAAAAGAACCAUUGUUACAGGAAGAACAGGCCAUUGGUUGAACCACUCGAAAGAACACUUACUUGUAGGAGUUAAGGGCAAUCCAGCAUGGCUAAACAGAAAGAUAGAUACAGAUAUCGUGGUUAGUGCUACUCGUGCCACUCUGCGUAAGCCAGAUGAGAUAUACGACAUUGUAGAACGUUUGGUCGGCGUUCAUUCCAGAAAGCUCGAGAUCUUCGGUAGAGACCACAAUACUCGUCCCGGUUGGCUAACUAUUGGUAACCAACUUCAAGGUUCAUUUAUCUACGAGACUGAAGUCAAGACAAGAUACCAGCAGUAUCUUGGCACUAAGGAAGGUCCUUAA